GAAUCUCCUACCACAACUACUACGGAGACUCCAACCACAACAACAACCAUCACCACUACGACAACAACAACAGAAACCCCAACCACAACCACAGAAUCUCCUACCACAACCACUACAUCAACAACAUCCACUGUAAGCCCAACCACAACAUCUCCUACCACAACCACUACAUCAACAACCACCACUACAACCACAGAAUCUCCUACCACAACUACUACGGAGACUCCAACCACAACAACAACCAUCACCACUACGACAACAACAACAGAAACCCCAACCACAACCACAGAAUCUCCUACCACAACCACUACAUCAACAACAUCCACUGUAAGCCCAACCACAACAUCUCCUACCACAACUACUACAUCAACAACAUCCACUGUAAGCCCAACCACAACAUCUCCUACCACAACCACUACAUCAACAACAACCACCAGCACUACAACAACAACAACGACCACUACUACAUCAACAACAUCAACUGUAAGCCCAACAACAACAGAGACACCAACCACAACAACUACCACCACCACUACGACAACAACAGAAACUCCCACAACACCACCACCAACCACAACAACAACAGGAAGCACAACCCCAAUCACAACCACAACCACCACCACCACUACGACCACUACAACAACAGAAACUCCAACCACACCUACAACAUCAACUGUAAGCCCAACAACAGAGACACCAACCACAACAACUACCACCACCACUACAACAACAACAGAAACUCCAACCACAACCACUACACCUACAACAUCAACUGUAAGCCCAACAACAACAGAGACACCAAUCACAACAACAACCAUCACCACUACGACAACAACAACAGAAACCCCAACCACAACCACAGAAUCUCCUACCACAACCACUACAUCAACAACAUCCACUGUAAGCCCAACCACAACAUCUCCUACCACAACUACUACAUCAACAACAUCCACUAUAAGCCCAACCACAACAUCUCCGACCACAACCACAACAACCACUACCACUACUACAACUACUGUUGACCAGACCUGGUCGCCCCCAGACGAUAACUGCACAAAAUACUACUGCACUAAAGAUGACGAUACCUUUAUUGUGACUGAGAUCAUUCCCUCCUGUCCAGAUAUUGACCUUGAAAACUGCCAAAAUGGGAUAGUGACAACGGAUAAAGAUGGGUGUUGUAAAGCAUGCAAAGUUUCAACUUGUGCUGCUGACAAGACAACAAGCUACCUACGGGUCAAUGACUGCAACUCCACAAGAGAAGUGGAGAUAGCCUCAUGCACAGGAUACUGUGACACCUACUCCAUGUACUCCAUGGAGGCUAAUAGAGUGAUGCAUAAAUGCUCCUGCUGUCGUGAGCUCAGGACCAGUAAGAAGCAGGUGGAGAUGACGUGCGCUAACGGGACAACGAUUAAUCACAGCUACGACUACAUAGAAGAGUGUGACUGUCAUGUCACAGAGUGCGAAGACUUCAAACAUGUCGGCUGA